GCGGCAUAUCGAAGUAAUUUGGUCCAAUCCGAGACUAAAACAAUUCGGCAAUUUCAGGGAUUAUCUCAAUUUUUGGCCAAAUAUUCAUGUUAAAAGUCCCAGAAAAUUCAAAUUUGUAACCGUCAAAACAACCGCUAAACGCGCUACACAUUUCGGAUUUCGACGUGUGCCAUGUCGUCGAUGUCGGUGCUUGGAGUGCUAGCCAAAAGCAGGACCGCUCCCACGUCGUCACCCAUCGGAUCGGAGAAACCCGCGGCCCCCCGACACCGUGGCAGCGUUCCCAGCGCCAUCGUCAAGUCGAUUCGAGGCGCGUCGUUCCGUCCGUCGCUGGUCGUGUUUUCUUCCAAACCGAUGACUGCGACUGAGUCAGCGCCGCCUUCAACCAUCACAGCCAACCCCAUCUACGACGCGUACAAGCAAGCACGGCUCGAAGUGCUUCGUAUGGAGGCGACGUGGCAGCUCCUCGUGACAGGCAUCGAGGUUACGAAAUACCCACACCAAGGAGCUGCGCGGACACGUGUGUUAUGGCUAAGCCUAGACGGUCGACUCUGCCUUGGGCGGGUCAAAGGAUUGAAGGAGGCCGCCAAGGCCAUUCCGCUUUGGUACUUAUUCUCCAUGAUAAACGUCGACGAUGUUGGCAACAUACAUUGCAACUGGAUAGGAGCAUUGACCAGCUGGACCGAGGGUGCACAGCGUCGCAGUUUAACCUGUCGCUGUCGUGGCGUGAGACAAGGGGGCGCGAGCAAACGUGUUUUUCUGUUCGUGGCAAGCAUGCCGGCCAAGACUUUGCGCUGCAAGUGCAGUCGGCCCGCGUUCGCAAUGUGAUCGUCGACAACUUGAACAUGUUCCUUAAUCAUGUGCAAGGGGAUGUGGACGGAGACUUCUCCAAGGCGAUGCGGGUCAAGAUCGCUCAGCAUUUCGCCGCGACAGGUGAAGUGCUGAGCAUCCAAGAGGUGCGCACACUGCUGCACCGCCAAGGCUCGGACACCUCCAAGCUGCACCCAUGUCCUCCUUCUCAGACCACCUUUGCAUCGAGAUUUGACUCGGACUCGGAUGAUAGUGACACAAGUACGCCUUGAUACUGUUCUUCUACGACUUUGUAACCGCCGUGAUAAAGAUCAACCAUAUGGAAAUAAUGUCACUUUUGAAAAAUAUAAUAAU